GUCACUUCCCUAGUUUUCUUCCCCAUCCUCUUAGCUGCACCUCAUUCCGUUCCUUUUUCUUUGCGUACAUAUUACUGCUCUCCCUCCUUUUCCUUUUCCCUCUGGAUUCUCUCUCACACCCGUCACUCCCUCAUCUCUUCUAGCUCAGUUUUGAACCUAAUUCAACAACAACAAACAAACCAGGACGACAACAAUGGUGGUUUUCCAGGUAGCUCGCGUUGAAACUACGCCGCUCGACGGCCAGAAGCCUGGCACCUCCGGCCUCCGCAAGAAGGUGAAGGUUUUUACUCAGCCUCAUUACUUGCACAACUUUGUGCAGUCAACAUUCUAUGCCCUUGGAGCUGAUAAAGUCAGAGGUGCUACACUGGUUGUUUCUGGUGAUGGUCGAUACUAUUCAAAGGAUGCAAUCCAGAUCAUUAUUAAAAUGGCAGCUGCAAAUGGAGUAAGACGAAUUUGGGUUGGUCAGAAUGGAUUGUUGUCUACUCCUGCUGUAUCGGCUGUUAUACGUGACAGAGUUGGCCAUGAUGGAUCUAAGGCAAACGGAGGAUUUAUUUUGACUGCAAGUCACAACCCUGGUGGACCCCAUGAGGAUUUUGGAAUUAAAUACAACAUGGAAAAUGGUGGACCUGCUCCAGAGUCAGUUACUGAUAAGAUCUAUGAGAAUACAAAAACAAUAAAGGAGUAUUUGAUUGCAGAAGGAUUGCCAGAUGUGGACAUCAGUACAGUAGGUGUUUCAAGCUUUACUGGUCCAGAGGGGCAAUUUGACGUUGAUGUUUUUGAUUCAACCACUGAUUAUGUGAAACUGAUGAAGUCCAUAUUUGAUUUUGAGUCUAUUCGGAAGCUGCUAUCAUCUCCAAACUUUACUUUCUGUUAUGAUGCACUUCAUGGGGUUGCUGGAGUUUAUGCAAAGCGUAUAUUUGUUGAAGAGCUUGGUGCAGAAGAAAGCUCUCUUUUGAAUUGCGUACCAAAGGAGGACUUUGGCGGAGGGCACCCAGAUCCUAAUCUUACCUAUGCAAAAGAGUUAGUUGCUCGCAUGGGAUUGGGUAAGACUAACAAUGAAAGUGAGCCACCAGAAUUUGGUGCUGCUGCUGAUGGGGAUGCUGACCGUAACAUGAUCCUUGGGAAAAGGUUUUUUGUCACUCCAUCUGAUUCGGUUGCUAUUAUUGCUGCAAAUGCUGUUGAAGCCAUCCCUUACUUUUCCAGUGGUCUAAAAGGAGUUGCCAGGAGUAUGCCAACAUCUGCUGCUCUUGAUGUUGUGGCUAAACAUCUCAACCUGAAAUUCUUUGAGGUGCCUACUGGCUGGAAAUUCUUUGGUAACUUAAUGGAUGCUGGAAUGUGUUCAGUUUGUGGUGAAGAAAGUUUUGGAACUGGCUCGGAUCAUAUACGCGAGAAAGAUGGAAUCUGGGCUGUUUUGGCUUGGCUAUCCAUACUGGCCUACAAAAACAAAGAUAACUUAGGUGGAGGGAAGCUUGUGACUGUUGAAGACAUUGUUCGUCAGCAUUGGUCUGUCUAUGGACGCCACUAUUACACUCGAUAUGAUUACGAGAAUGUUGAUGCAGGUGGUGCAAAGGACUUGAUGGCACAUUUGGUCAAGCUGCAAUCAUCCCUCGGUGAAGUGAAUGAAAUAAUAAAAGGGUUACGUUCAGACGUUUCAAAUGUUGCUUGUGCUGAUGAGUUUGAGUAUAAAGAUCCAGUGGAUGGUUCCAUCUCUAAGCAUCAGGGUAUCCGAUAUCUGUUUGAAGAUGGUUCGCGAUUGGUUUUCCGUCUUUCUGGAACUGGAUCAGAGGGUGCUACUAUUCGUGUUUAUAUCGAGCAAUAUGAGAAGGAUUCUUCAAAAACUGGGAGAGAUUCUCAAGAAGCACUUGCUCCUUUGGUGGAAGUUGCUAUUAAGCUCUCUAAGAUGGAAGCAUUCACCGGCAGAUCUGCCCCCACAGUCAUCACAUAAGAUCAUACUGUUACGCAGUUUAACAAAUUGUACGUCUUACAGCACAAAUAAAUGGUAUAACUGCUGUUAUGAGCCAGUACUGCUCCAGUCUAUGGAUACUCCCAUGUAUCGACUUGUGUAAUUUUUGUAUUUCUGCGGCCUUAAUAUGGUGGGCAUAUUUUUGAUGAGAAUAUCUGUGGACUUGGGUUUCCAGUUUUGCACGUAAAACUUUGGAUGGUCGGGUAACUUUCGGCACCUCAUUGUCUUUAAUAUAGCGUCUCUUUUACUGUAGUU